AAAUAGUUAAGCGGAGAGUGGUUUACAGGAGCGACCGGAGCGACCGGGAGCGACACGGCAGUUUGUCGACCUCUUCUUGGUGAUAUGCUAAUAUGCAGACAGAUGACUAUGUUUCCGGUCUAAAAACUGAUUUGCUGAAAUCUUCCGGGACAUUUCGUGUUCUUGUUGGCGUGACGGGAAGUGUUGCAGCCUUGAAACUGCCUCUUUUGGUAUUCCAGCUUCUUCAGCUCCCUGGGGUGGAUGUAAGAGUCGUCACCACAGAGCAUGCCAAGCACUUCUACAAUCCUGCAGAGGUUUCAGUAAAAAUCUACAGUGACAAGGAUGAGUGGGAGCUGUGGACUCAGAGAUCUGACCCUGUGUUGCACAUUGAGCUAAGGCGCUGGGCAGACUUACUUGUCAUUGCCCCCCUUGAUGCCAACACUCUUGGAAAGAUUGCUAAUGGAAUUUGUGACAAUCUCUUGACAUGUGUGGUAAGAGCCUGGGAUACCAGUCGCCCUCUGCUCUUCUGCCCUGCAAUGAAUACAGCUAUGUGGCAACAUCCCAUUACAGCCCAGCAGGUAUCCUGUCUCACAGAGUUUGGAUAUAUGGAAAUCCCCUGCGUUGCUAAGAAGCUAGUAUGUGGAGAUGAAGGUAAAGGGGCCAUGGCAGAGGUAUCGACUAUUGUCAGUGCUGUCAAACAGUAUCUCCAGAAACCAGAUGAGUCAUGAUGAAAACAUGCACAUAACAUUGUAUUGUACAUUCAACUGGAACAAAAAAUAAAUAGUAAGGAUGAUGUGAUGAUGAUUCAAAA